CCCUCCCCCCCCCCCCCCCCGCCCUUCCCCUCACAACCGCCUUCCGCACGCCGCCUGAGGGGGAGGCGGCGGCGGCGGCCUCUUCCUCCUCCUCCUCCUCCGCCGCCGCCUCCCGGUCCGCCGUCAUGGCCCAGGCAGGGCCCCGGCGCGGCCCCAGAUAGCGCGCGUGUGUGUGUGUGAGGGAGGGGGUGUCUCGGCCUCCCGCUCAACCGUCGGGCCCCCGAGCCGGCCCCUCAGCGACAGCAGGAUACCUGCGAUCUCUCGUAUGUGGAAAGAACACUAGGGGAAAGGUGGAAAAAAUGGGUGUUAAAACAUUCACUCAUAAUUCCCCUGCUCACAGUCAGGAGAUGCUGGGAAAGCUGAACAUGCUCCGCAACGACGGGCAUUUCUGUGAUAUCACCAUCCGUGUCCAGGACAAGAUCUUCAGGGCUCACAAAGUGGUUUUGGCAGCCUGCAGCGACUUCUUCCGUUCCAAACUCGUGGGCCAAGCAGAAGAUGAGAGCAAGAGUGUGUUAGACCUGCACCACGUGACGGUGACUGGUUUUAUACCUCUCCUGGAAUACGCUUACACGGCAACUCUGUCUAUUAAUACAGAGAACAUCAUCGACGUGCUGGCGGCAGCCAGCUACAUGCAGAUGUUCAGCGUCGCCAGCACGUGCUCGGAAUUCAUGAAGUCCAGCAUUUUGUGGAAUACACCCAACAGCCAGCAAGAAAAAGUGCUGGAUGCAGGACAGGAGAACAGUGCAAACUGCAAUUUCACUUCUCGAGAUGGCAGCCUCUCUCCGGUUUCUUCCGAGUGCAGCGUGGUGGAGAGAACCAUCCCCGUGUGCCGAGAGUCGCGGCGGAAGCGCAAGAGCUACUUGGUUAUGUCUCCUGAGAGCCCCCUGAAGUGUAACACACAAACAAGUUCCCCCCAAGUGCUGAAUCCUUCCACCUCUUACCCAGAGUCCAGAAAUCAACCCGUGGACUCCUCCUUAGCUUUUCCCUGGACUUUUCCUUUUGGAAUCGAUCGAAGGCUUCAGUCUGAGAAGGUGAAGCAGGCGGAGAACUCUAGGACUUUGGAAAUGCCUGGGCCCUCCGAAUCCAACAGAAGAAUUGCAGAUUACGUGGCUUGUGAGAGCACAAAAGCCAGUUCUCCCCUUGUGAUUGAAGAAGAUGUGCGUGUCAAAGUGGAAAGGUUAAGCGACGAGGAGGUUCACGAGGAAGUCUCGCAGCCCGUUAGCGCGUCCCAGAGCUCGCUGAGCGAUCAACAGACAGUCCCAGGAAGCGAGCAAGUGCAGGAAGAUCUCCUGAUCAGCCCGCAGUCUUCCUCUAUAGGCUCAAUAGAUGAGGGGGUUACGGAGGGAUUGCCCACACUCCAAAGCACCUCUGGCACUAACGCUCACGCAGAUGAUGACGACCGUUUGGAGAACGUUCAGUAUCCCUACCAACUCUACAUUGCUCCUUCUACCAGCAGCACAGAGAGACCCAGCCCAAACGGUCCAGACAGACCCUUUCAGUGUCCAACCUGCGGGGUCCGCUUCACUCGCAUUCAGAACCUAAAACAACACAUGCUUAUCCACUCAGGCAUUAAACCAUUUCAGUGCGACCGCUGUGGGAAAAAGUUCACCCGAGCUUACUCGCUCAAGAUGCAUCGCCUGAAGCACGAAGGUAAACGCUGUUUCCGCUGCCAGAUAUGUAGUGCCACUUUCACUUCCUUCGGGGAAUAUAAACACCACAUGAGGGUUUCCCGGCACAUUAUCCGCAAGCCUCGGAUUUACGAGUGCAAAACAUGCGGCGCCAUGUUCACCAACUCUGGAAAUUUAAUCGUUCACCUGAGGAGCUUGAACCAUGAAGCGUCAGAGCUAGCAAACUACUUCCAGAGCAGUGACUUCCUAGUACCGGACUACUUAAACCAGGAACAAGAAGAGACCCUCGGGCAGUAUGAGCUAGGGGAGCAUGGCUUUGAAAGCAACUCUUCUGUCCAAAUGCCUGUCAUUUCACAGGUGUCGUCAACUCAGAAUUGUGAAAGCACUUUCCCCUUGGGGUCUCUGGGUGGGUUGGCAGAGAAGGAAGAAGAUGUGCCAGAGCAGCCAAAGACUAAUGCCACUGCUGAGGCAACCGCAGGUGACCCUCCGAAACCGGAGCUGUCAUCUAUCACUAUUGAAUAAUUCAUGGUUUGGUUUCCUUUUUUUGUUCUUUGGAAAGUGCCUGUGUUUGGUCCUGUACAUUUUAAUUUAAUUUUUUUAAACAAAAGUGGGGAGAUUUUCCCUUUCUCCUUUGUAAGCUGCGCUUUAAACAGAAACCUGCGACCGAUGUUACGUUAUUUUUCAUGACUGAACGAUCACUUCUGUGAAAAUAUUUAAGACUGAAUGCACAAAAAGAUCUUGCCAGAACAUCAUGGAAGCUGUGAUACACUUCUAAAGAAGAACAACUGAUUCAGAUCACUUUAACUAUUUCUUCUUCCACAGUUAGAGCCGCUCAUUAAGUUUCUCUUGCUUCUUCAGACCCCUCUGAUUAAGGGAAAAAAAAAAGGAAAUCAGAGGAGACCUUUUGAAAAUGACAAACAAAAGGAUGCAUUGGAAAUCGUUGAACAGUUUUGACUAGUUUUGAGUGGAUGCUUUAAUCUUCUGCAUAAAAAAAAAGAGAGCAAAGUGACACUUCCUAUCUCUGUGCCUGCUGUUUUUCAAAGCGCUUACUGUGACCCUUUUCCUUGGAAAUGGUAAGCAUUUGUGAAACCAACAGUCACACACUUUGUUAAAAAACCACCACAACACACAUCGUCCCUUUUUCAUCUCAGAUGAAUCAGUUUGGACAAACCAAGUGAUGUCAUGCCAGGUAUUCCUACUUCUUUCUAUUCCAAUCCUUUUAGAAACUGCUCGAUCAAAAUAAACCGCUCCAGAUUUUGCCCAGCUAAGGAUGGGCUUUGGAAAUAUCACGGUCAGGAAAAGGUCUGGUUGGUGCAUAAUGAAUCAAGGGUGACAGCAAAGUUCUAUAUCAGUGCAAGCCUGACAAAGUAUCUCAUGACUGUAUGUUUCUGUAGAUGGGGAACCACAUCUGCAAAUGGAGGGGGCUUUUUUCCCCCCCCAACUGAAAUCCCUAAAUUGCUGCCCGGUUAUUUGCAGUUCUGGUCACUUCCUCCUGUCAUCUCUACUGCAGUUUUUACUCCAAAAAGCUAGCGAGCAGGAGUGUACAGAUGGGCAAAAAACCCCUCAAGCCCUUGUGUGCAUUAUUGCACAUUUUUCUGUGUUUAUACACAUGCAUGUAUAGUUCCUGAGAUUUUUUUAUUAGUCUGUUUUGGACAAAACAAGCAAUUUAUUCUCUUUAGAGGCCAACUUUCGAACCCACCAGGGGGUUGUUUACAAAAGAGCCUAUAUAGCGAUGAUAAAUUGUUCCUGUUUCAAAACAUUUUCCAUCCUUGCCAACUGGGUUUAUUAAAGGCUAUUACUCCAGCUACACACACAGCUCGAGCAAGCAAUAAAUUGAAAGAUCUGCAAUUUCAUUUCUCCAUAUUUAGAAAAAAGCUAAUCCCACUGUGGGACUUCUUUUUUUCAGAGCAGUCAGUCUCCUUUGGUCGAGUCUGUUUGGGCUCUGGUACUGCUUUGAAACCUAAAUUAGGAAAUACAUUAGGACCUCUGUGAUUGUCUCUUUUUUUUUCCCCCUCCUCGUUGCUUCUGAAGUUAACUCAGUGUUUGUUGCCAAAUGGAUGUCUCCUACAGAUGACAUGCUGAGUGAGUAGGUAUUACUUGAUGUGAAUAUUCCAAAGGCAUUCCCUUAGGUUGGGAUCUCGGUUAGUUUUUAAUUGCUCUUUUCUGUCUGGGUUUGACUCAAAGACGAGGAGAAAACGAAAACCAACGGAGGAAAGUUGCUCCUGCAGAAACAGAAGACACAAAGGUCGUAUUAUAUUGCAGGAUCAAUUUGUAUUCAGUUAGCUUAGGCAGUCCUCAUGCUCUCUAGGUCUGAGUUGUUUCUACUAAUAGCCAACUUUUGUAAGGGAAAAAACAGUUUAUUGCCCUUUGGAAAGAGCUUGAAGGGUUUCAGCGACUUCAACAAUUUUGUCGUUGGCUGUGUUUAGGUAAAACUCACACUUUUUAGUUCAACAGAGCAAAGACAGUUGGGAUUUAAGUCUUUUCCAAGUUACUGGAGUGAAGUUUCUCCACCAGAUCCAAAGAGUGUUUCAGAAACAUGCUGCAAAGUAGUUCUGUGUUACAAUUCAGCCUCGUAUGUCUACUUUUGUAAGUCUUCUUAAAAGGGCUCGAAGGAGAAAUUCUUCUCUUGGGAUGCUGGACUGUCAAUUAGUCCAGUGUCUGUUGAUGGGCUGAAUUUAAAGACCAGUUCUCUUCCACUCCUGAUUUCUGUCACUGAGAAGCCAGUGAGAUAAGACAAUGCCUUUUGAUGAGUGUUAUGCUGAAUUAUAGGGCUAUGACACUGAGCUCAAAUUCAGCACUUUCUCUUUUUCUGACGUUACCCCACAUGGCAGAUCCUUUUGUGAUUCACAGACUAAGAAGGGCUUCACACAGAAGCACGUUCCCAAACUGGACAGGUGUGAUAAUCAAAGGUGGUCAGAUCUAGAGGACAUAACUUUCUGUCUGAACCUGGUAGUUUUCACCUUUUAAGCUAUUUUGCUACACAAUUUUAUCAUCAAGGAGAUGUGCAGAUACAGAACAGACCUAUCUGGUUAUUGGAUGUUUAUGACUUACGAUUCAGUGUCAGAAGGCAAACUACUUUCUGAAUAUCACAGGGGGAAAAAAGAAAGACUUUGCAGCUCUAAUCUGUUCUUCCUUAAAUGAGUAUCAUUAACUCUUAACACCUUGGUACAAGGCAAGUCAUGGGUUUCGUUGUUCAUCCAUGGUGUUGCACGUUAUCUUUUCGACCCAGUCAUCUCAGUGUAACAUCUUAAUCCAGUCCUUGCUUUUCAGUCUGAUUCAACUGGAAGAACAAUAGAGGAUUCUUUUUGGUUGGUUGGUUUAGGGUUGGGUUUGCUUGUUAAUUUCCCCGUUUGUAGUUGUUUCUUGUUAACUCUGUUCUCCAGAGAACACAGAUUAAAUAGAAACAUCAUUGUAUUUCUCCUCCCUAACUGGUUGGCAACGUUCAGUUCUUUGAAAUGCUGCUGUCCUUGACAGGAGAGAUGUGAAAACACAGGACUUCUUCAACCAGUGUCUGUAGUUAAUAUGCUUAGAUUCCAAAUUGAGCGAGAUCAAUGUCUAAGCAAGCUAGAAGAAACUUGCCUUAAACUACACUUGGGAUCAAACCUAAAGCAUGUUUUCCUUUCAGUACAUUAUCAGAAGGUUUUGAACUCUGGACUGCAUUUUCUAUUUUUCCUAUGUUUUAUUUCCCACCACUCCCCCUCAAAAAAAUGUACAACCCCCCACAAAACCACCAAACCAACCAUUGUUUUGUGUGCACUCGUGUAUCUGCUCAACAAGGAUCGCAGAACACUUGAGACUGGAAGGGACUCUGGAGGUGAGCUACUGCAACUCCGACCCUCAAAGCAGAGUCACUGAGAACAGGGUGUUCAGUCAAUCAGAUUUGGAAUAUCUGCAAAGAUGGAGACUCCCCAACUUCUCUGGGAGACCUCUCCCAGGUUUUGACCACCCUCACCAUAAAAGAGCUUUUAGUAUGUUUAGGUGGGACUUGUUUAUUUCAGCGUGUGCCCACUGAGAAAGGCCUGGCCCCAUCUUCUUUGCCUCCUUCUAUGCUGUAGUUUUACACAUCUUGCUAAGAUCUUCCUGACCCUUCUCCAGACAAAACAGUGAUGGCUCUCAGCCUGUAUGACAGAUGCUCUCCUCCCUUCAUCAUCUUUGUGGCUCUUACAAGUUGUUAGAAUCUCAUCCAGCAGCUUCUUUGUGGAUGAGUAGCCUCCCAAGCGAAUUCACAACAUGAUUCAUGUCUUGCUUUUGCAUAUCCUUCUCCCACGUGGCACCAAUCUUUGCACUCAGUGGAAAAUCCUUUCCUCAACCCAUUUCUUUUGCAAGCAGAGUGCCUUCACUACCCCAGAACUUGCAAGGUUCUGCUGUAUGUCAGAGACCCAGAUUUUUGGAGUCUGUGCAAGGACUUUCCUUCUUGCCUGUUGUGUAGAGCGGUACAUCGGGUGGGAGCAACACAAAAGGAAGGAAUAGGUUUUUUCCUGAUUUAAUGUGAUGUUUUUUGGGGGGGGGGGAAGAUUCAGAAGCUUUUUGUUUCCCUGCAAAAAAAAAUGGGGUUAGAAAAAAAACCCCACAAGGUUUUAGCUGUGCAGGAGAUUUGGCCAAGUUGUAAGGGUUUGGUUUUGUUUUUCAGUGCAGACACAUAGCACAACUCCCCUGGAAAUCCAUGGGGAUGACUACACAUUUAGUAGUGAAUCAAGCUCCCUGUCAGAACUGCUUAUCACUGUUCCUGUGUCACAUGAAAGAAAGAAAGAGAUGUGUGUUCCUGAUGAUUCCUCUGUUUCUACUACAGCUUGAGUUCAGUUGUCAGGCUCGCAGAUACUAUGGUCAAGUCUCUCAUACUGAGAGAUUAGUAGACUAGGUUGUUGAAAAUGGUUCUGGGUUCACAUGUAUCUUGAGUCUAAAAGGUGUGAAUUUAAACUUUUUAAAAAAGUAAUAGCUGCCAAUGCAGUAAAAUAUAUUUUGUAAGACUAUGAUCCCUAUAUGUCCCUUAAGGGAUAAAAUGUUAAUUGUUUUUAAGCUAUGGUUUCAAGUUUUUAUAUGAGGGCUUCAGUUGCUUCUUGGUUGCUGGCUUUCCCCUCCAGCCCCAGGAUGUAAGAGCACUGAGACUUAUUGGCUGGUCUCUCUCAGAGACCGACCACGAAGCAUUUUAUAUGCAAACAGAACGGGAGCUUUGUGCACCCUGCAGGGAUGGAGAAAAAUGCAGCUUGGAGGAGCACUCGGUGCUCCUACAUCCAUUGCGACUUCCACACCAUCAGAAUAUGGCAAAUAGCUGAUUUUCAUUCAGAUUGAUUGAGUUUUUGAGUUUUUGCUGACAAGGUGAAACCCAGUUUUGGAGGGUUCUCAUCUCCAGUUUAUGGACAUGAUAAAUUCCAUAGCAUCUUGAUGACAGAUAAGAGGGUUCAAGGCCGGACGGUACCUCAGCCACAUCAGAGGUCACGAAUAGAGUCAGUUCAAAGUAUUUGAGGAAAUACACCAUGAAAACAAAACACAACAAACCAAAUGUGAAUUUUUUUUAAUGCAACAGUUCUUUACUGCUCUGGGUUUUUGUUAACUCGAUGUGUGCUAUCACAGUAAUCCAGUGUCCCACAGGUCUCAACGACAAAUCUGGUUGCACUAAAAACAAGCAAACGCAAAACAAGCCGAAUCUGGUGCUGCCAGCCUGUGUGGCAACUGUAGCUACAGUCUUCCUGAGGGUUGCUGAAGUCCCCAGAGGAGUGAUUUCUUUUGUUUAACCAUUCGUUCAGCUGAUGCAUGCUUUUGAUAUUCUUAUAGCCCUGGCUACGCGGAAGUACUCGGACAGCUUUCUUUGCCCUUGUUCCCGCAGUGCCUUCACUCUAGGUGCUGCCCUACGGUGAAACCCCGAAGAGGGAAAAGAGUAAAGCUGGAGGGAAAAUGAAAAAUAAAAAACAAAUGUGAAUUUAAAUUAUUGUUGGGCUUCUUUGUGCAUUUUAGUAACAGUGAAACCCCCUUAACUGUGCCAGUCUCCGGUCACCAGCCGUAUAUCCAGUCGUCAUCUCAUCCACAGUACAGCUUCUCUCGUUGAUGCUGGCCACAGCUAGAUUCCUUGGCAUGUUUAUUGACUUAACCAGGAUUGGGGUUUGGUUUUUAUUUUUGGGUUUUAUUUUGGUUUUUAAUGUAUAAGAUGUUUAAAUACACUUCACAUUUUAUAUAAUCCUCUCUGGCUAUUAGUAUUUUUCAGAAACCAUAGUUCUUGGUGGCUAUAUAUAUAUUUUUGUGACCUUUUUUUUGUAAACCAAGUGCCGUUUCAACGUUACAAUCAUUUUUAGAGUUCUUGUAAUCAAUGUGAAUAUUAUGUUUUCUGAGCCUGUAGUGUUUGCUUUUUGUGAUCAUACGUGUAAUGUAUAUAUUCUGUAUAGUUACAUUGUAUUGAAAUACUAGCUUGUUUGAUAUAAGAAAAGUAUGUAUUGGGUACCUUUUUGCUAGCCUGGUUGUUUAAUCUUUAAAAAAAAUGUUCUAAAAUGCAAAAAAAAAAGGAAAAGAUAAUCUCCAAAGUGGUCCCAUUAUAGGUCAAAAUUAAGGGGAGGGAGAAAAACUAGUUUUGAGUGUCUUUGGAUAGAAACAUGAAGCUAAGAUUUUUCAUUAAAAUAUUAAUGUUUUAUGGAGCAUA